AUGAUUGCUUUGUUACCUGUUGAAGUUGUAAUCCAAGCUUGCUUUUUCUGGUUUGUUUACAGUUUUAAACUAAAAAUCGCAUUAGCGUCAAGCUUCUUUACAAAAAAUGCAACAAAGUUAGGGAUUGUCAUCGGCAAAACUGACGUUAAUACAAAAAAAGACACCGCAAAUGAUACCUGCAAUGACACUAUCUAUUGCACCUUAUGUAUCGCUACUGAAGACAUAAAAUCAGAACAGGGUCAUUUUUUGUCUACUUUAUCUCAAAUCGAUUAUCUUGAAUUGUGGAUGGAAACCCAUGGGCUUCAACCUAUUUUAUCGGAUUAUCAAAAUGAACAAAAGGCUUAUGAAAUAGUCCAGGUUAUGGCACAAAUAACUAUUAUAGAGUUAUUUUCGAAGGAUCGCACAACCCGCCUAAGGUUAUUAAUCGAUCAUUUAUACGAAACAAAUGUCAAAUCGAACAAAUUGUUAAAAAAUUGCAUUGUGAACCUCAUUAUGACCGGGUUUGGUAUCUCACAUAUAGGUGGAAGUUAUAAAUAUACUUGCGUAGGUCGUUUACUAUCACAAUCCUUGUGUAUCUCUCGUGAACCAUACUUCUUUGAUUUUAUCUAUUGGAGCUUGUAUGAAAUGCUAUACCAGAAAAAAACACCCGAUAUGAACGACAUCGAAAGGCAUAUGAUUGAUUUGAAAGAUAUCGUAUUAAACCGAGAUCCCUCUAUCCCUAUGAAGGAUCAGAAAGAUGGUUCAAAAGACCUUUCGACCAAAGUAUACUCUUACGCGCAUGUGCUAAUUGAAAAUUUUAAUGCAGCUAUUUUAACUCUUUAUGACAAAAUAAUCAACAAAAGACAUAGUGAUAUGAAGAUCAGACUAGGCAAACUACGAAAUCAGUUGUGGUCAACUCUUCCAUCAUGUUAUCCUGCAAUAGCAGUUACCGAUAAUUUGCAUGAGUCAGUGAUGUGUACCCAAAAGCUUAAAUUGUGCAGCAUCCCUAUCUCCUUUGAAAUGGUUACAGAUUUUAAAUUUAAUCUCAAGAAAAUGAGCGGGAGAAUUCAACAUAUACGCCAUACAGCCAGUUUCCAAGAACCUGAGCUUUUAGAGCUAUUGCUUUCUGACUAUGUUCAGUUAAUUCAUCUAUUGCGUGAUUUGGAGCGUGAUUUAUCUAUCCUUCAAAUCUUCGAGAUUGGUGCAGGUUUAAUCAAGAACACGCACAAGUCUAUUCGAAAUCUUCAAAAUCCUUGGAAAAUUCAAAAAAAUGGACCGGGAGAACAAAUUUUACAUGACUACAGCAGACUUUCUGUAAAACGAAAGGAAGAUUGGGUUCAUCAAGCGAAUCAAUAUUCAGUUGACAUAAUCAGAUGCAAUAUUAACAUGUUACGGGAUUUAUUCCGAGUCGCAUCUGAAUAUUACAAAAUUUUUAACCAAGAUCACUUCAAAAUUCUUGAGCAAAGAUGCGAUGAAAUCGAGCGGCAAUUAAAUGGAGUUCAAGACAUUCAAGGAUGCAUCGCAACGUUCAUUGAAGAUAUUGACGAGCAGAAGUAUGGUCUUAGCGUCAUUAAGACUUGUUUGGCCGACCUCCACAACGACAGAUUUUUGUGUAAAGAUAUAACACAUGACAAAGGAGGGUUCCUUAUAGUUAAAAAUUGUGUUAAAAGUUGGCACCCAACAAUAAUGGAUUCAGUGAUGUAUUUUUUGACUGAACAAUUGGAGACAUUUGACAAUAACAAUACUUAA